AUGGCAUCUGCAUCUGCUAUGGCGCCGGCUUGGACGUCACGUGGACCAUCGAUCGUGCAUCAGCACCUGCGCUUCUCUUUCAACGUGCUGCUAGGCGUCAUGACCACCAUGCUUCUGCAGCAUCUUGCGUACCGGUUCUCAGCGCCGUUCCUUCGCGAGGCUUCAUCAGGCGUCGGCGGCACUGCCAUGGCAGGCAUUGCAGCGCAGCCACGAACUGACAACAGCAAAGGUGUGAAGCAAUUUGGUGUCCGAGCUCCUACGGGCUCUACGCCAGCCGAUCUUUCGCGCGCCAAUGUGAUUCUCUCGGAUCUCCGCACUAAGCUUGAUGCGCUGGCAAGACGACUUCCCACACUAUCUGCGGACGACGCUGAUUUCGAGGCCAUUGGGCACCCAGAGCCAGAGGGACUGCAUCUCGCUGCUCACCCAUUUGUCGACGCUCUUCCGCUUCCGGAGGAGACCGUGUUUCGCCGGGACGAGCCUCCGAUCUACCAGCACCUACGCGAGCAGAACAGCCUGCAGAGGCAAACGCAAACGGCGGACAGCGCUGCUCCAAACGAUGCGGUAACAGACGGCAGGGUAGUGCGUGAUCCGGUGACUGACGGCGCUGAGGACGCUGAAGUUGCAGAUCAGGCUGGCGGUGCUGCCGGAAACAGGGAUUUUCUCACAACGCUCUCGACGGAUCAAGCAUUGUCUGGUGACAUUUCGAGGCAGCUUCUGAGCGAUGCCUCGGCGAACAUGACGGUCGAAGCAUCUGGUCUGCCUGCUUCUCGGAGAGUGCCGACCUCUCCCAAGUAUUUUCUCUCCGCCAUGGUGUACAAUCGCGUCUUCCGCGGCGACCGUCUCAAUUUCUCAUCUUUUGAAAUCUGGCAGUGGGUGGCCUUCACUCGGCUAGCCGGCGUGGAGCACGUCUUCUGGUACGACUGCGCGCACGACGCCUCGGAACGCCAGUUCGAAGCCCUCGGGCCCUUCAUUCGCGCGGGCUACGUCACCUACCUCCCGCUGCACCGCAUUCUCAGCGCCGCGUACAACGUCUUUCCCGAGCAGAACGGCGCGAUUCUGCACUACCUCAACAAGUAUCGCAACGCGUCCACGUGGGUGGUCUUCUGCGACGUCGACGAGUUCGUUUUCGACCCUCGGGAUCUCCGCGCUGGCUUCCUCUUCCGCUUCAUGCGCAACGUCUCGCUCGCCGAUCCCUCCGUCACCCAGGUCCUCGCGCCAAACAUUUUCUUCGUAGGCAACAGCGAAGCCCCUCGCUCCUCCCUGCUCUUCCGCCGCUUUACUAAGUGCCAGCACUUAGCGGACUGGCGGCAGCACCUGCAGCGCUCCAAGCCCAUCGUGCGCGUGGCAGCGGUGGAACAGUGGGCGGACAUGCGCGUUGCGCCGCAUUUCUUCCCCAUGGCCGUGGGCGCAACCGAGCGCGCGGACCCCGCGCAGCUACGCAUGCACCACUACUGGGGGCCGCGGGGGACGGGGUUUGGCGCAGAGACAAAGGAGUUUGCAAAAGAAGUGGAGAGGGAUUUGACCAUUCAGACGUUGGAACCGCCUCUCAAUCGAAUGUUGGACCCGGGCUUGCCGUAUCUCACCUACCUGGAGGCGAAGCGAAGGAUCCUGGAAGCAGCAGACAGUGCCAUGCGGCUCUCGUACACCCUUGCUGACCCGUUUGAAUGGCGUUGA